UGACAGACAAGGAGAACAUUAAGAACAGAGAAGAGGAACUGCUUUACAGUAAAACUCCAGACAGGGCCAGCCGGAGCAUUACCCUUCAGACGACCAGAAUGAGUCGCAGCCCGGAGAGAAUUUCAUCCUACCGCCGUCACUUUGAGGACAGCAGCAGUUCAACCUACCAGGUCAGGGUGUCCAGCCCAUCCCCCACCAGGAGAGAGGUCCGUCAUGCCUCCGCCGGCUACUCUGCUAGAGCCAAGUCCAGCUGCAUGUGUUUGGAUUCAGUGGGACGAAGGACUGUGUCUGCUGCACACAGAUCACGCAUGUCUGGACUCGGAGUAAGUGCAGGAGCCAUGGUGUGUGUUGGGCCCAGUGGAGAACCUCCCAUAGACCUGGAUGUCGCUGCAGCUGAGAACCAGGAGUUUCUCAGCACUCGCACAAGUGAAAGACAAGAGAUGAUCGUCCUCAAUGACAGACUGGCUGUUUACAUCGACAAGGUUCGACUGCUUGAGCAGAAGAACAAGCUACUAGAAGCAGAGAUUGAGGUCUACCAGAACAGGUUUGAGAAGCCUUCGGGUCUGCGCUUGCUCUAUGAGGAGCAGCUGAAGGAGCUGAAGAACAUUGCUGAUCAGAUGAGAGUCCAGCGGGACAUUUCCUUGGCUGCUAAGGAGGCUGCAGCUAGUCAACUAGAAGCUAUCAAAAUCAAAUACGAGGAGGCCUUGGAUCUGAGAAAGAAGGCCGAGUUAGACAUUGAAACCUUCCGUCCAGAUGUCGACAAAGCCACCUCUUCCCGUAUCACUUUGGAGAAAAAGCUGGAGCAGCUGGAAGUUGAAAUUGAAUUCUUGAAACGGAUCCAUCAGCAGGAAAUUGAAGAGCUCAUGAAACAGAUCUAUGCAGCUCACGUCUCGGCUGAGAGUGCCUUCUCUCUGCCCGAUCUGGCUAGCGCUUUGAAACAAAUCCAAACCCAAUACGAUGAUAUUGCAGCCAAAAACCUUCAGGAAAUGGAUUCAUGGUACAAAAACAAGUUUGAAGAUAUAACCAAAAAGACAUCAAGGCACGUAGACAAAGUUCGAAGUGUCAGGGAAGAAAUAGCUGGGGCCAAGAAGGAUAUCCAAAACAAAGAACGUGACUUGGACUCCAUGAGGACCAGAAAUGAAGCCCUCGAAGCCCAGAUUCGAGAGAAACAAGAAAAGCACAAGAAGGAACUGGGGGAGCUACAGGCUCGGAUUGAGGCCCUACAACUUGAGCUAAAAUCCACCAAGGAGAAAAUUGCCCUGCACCUGCGUGACUACCAGGAACUUUUAAACAUCAAAAUGGCUCUGGAGAUUGAAAUUACAACAUACAGAAAGUUAAUUGAGGGGGAAGACCUGCGGCUUACUGGCAUGAUGAAAUCCCUCUCCAUUGCCAGCUGUAGCAUGAGCGCCAUUGGUGCUGGGGUGAGCCUUAGUGGAGGAAGCAUUGCUGGUCUUGGUGGUAUGGGUGGCGGACCAAUAGGAGUUGGCAGCGGAGGAGUUGGAGGCAUGGUGGGUAGUGUAGGAGUGAGUGGGGGUAUGGUUGCAGGAGUCAUGGGUUCAGGCUCUGGCAUUGGGGAUCUUGGUGAUCGAAGAGCUGCUGAAGGUACCAGUGAUAUGAAAGUUUAUGCUGGUAGAGCAGGUAUUUCCGGCAUGAAUGGGGGUCAAAAACUGGGAGGUGGAGGUGUCAGAGCAGGUGAUGGGAGUCUUGGCACUGAUGGUGGAAAUGGAGGAAUGAGUGCUGUUGGUGCUAGUAGUUUAGGCUCUGGAAGCUUUGGUCCUGCUCCUGGUAAAGGUGGUAGAGUUGGCUCUGGUGCUGGUGUUUCAGGCACUGGUCCUGAGGGUUUGAGCUUUGGGGCACCAGGUUUGAGUGCAGAUAUUAGGAGUGAAGGAUUCAGCUCUGGGGUUAUGGGAGACAGAAGUGGAAUCACAGCUGGUGCAGAUGGUGAUGUCCCAGGCUUAGCAGGUGGUAUGGGUGCACCUGGAAUUGGAUUCAAAAGAGGAUACAGUAGUGAAACGGAAGGCAAGGGUGCAGAGUUGAAUACUGGUGUUGGUGGGGUCGGAUUUGGCUUUGGGGACAUUGGUGAUAGCAGUGGAGUUGAAAAACGUGCAGAUGGGGACAUCUUGAGCUCAGCAGGUGGUAUUGGUGUGGCUGAAACUGGAGUAAGAAGAGCAAAUGGUGGUGAAACUGAGGUUAAGAGUGUUGGAUUGGAAACUGGUGUUCAUGGUAUGGGAUUUAGUUCCAGAGGCAUGGGUGACAGCAGUAGAGUUGGAGCACGCUUGGAUAGUGACAUCUCAGGCUUAGUGGGUGGUAUAAAUGCAAGUGAAACGGGAUUUGGAAGAGGUGGUGCAAUUGAGGGGAAGGGUGCUGGGGUUGAUGGUGGAAUAGGUGGAGAUAGAAGUACAGUCCGUGGCCUGAGUCCUACUGGUAGAGUUGGUACAAUCAGUGGAGGGAAGGGUGACAUAAGUGGUGUCAAGACUGGCUAUGGAUCAAGUGGAUAUGACGUCAACACUGGGGCAUAUGUGGAGCAGGCUGUGGAGCUGACAGAGAGAAGAACAGUGCUUAUUAGAACAGUUAAAAAGGAGGAUGAUGUGCUGGAGAUGGACCACCAAGAACAGACCUACACCAUCACUGGUGCUGCAGAUGAAUCUGACGUCGACUGAAGAACACAAACUCCCUGAUGACCUCCUUUCGCCCUUAAACCUCCACUCCCCUCCAAGCUUUGCACUGACCAAAACCCCAUGUUUGGGUGCUGACCUUUGCCCUUUGGCCUGGACAAGACAACCAUGAAUGACCCCUUGCUACACUGAACCCUUCAGACAAAAUAGCUCACUAGAAACACUCACCGUGCUUUCUCGACUUUUAUGUGCUUAACCCCCGCACCUCUUGUUUUUCACUUGCCAUAAAUAAAAUUACCAGCAUUCA